CAGCGCGUCGCAGCUCAAUUGCCCGGAAAUCCUUCUUCUCCGUCAAGACAGCAUGGCAUCUGACACCCAGCACCACAUGGAUGACCCGGAGGAAGAGCGCAGCUGGGCAGGGGACUUCAACCCGUUCGAGGACCCGGAAGAGCGAAGGGUCCUUUUUGCGACGUUGGAUUCGUUCAGGCAGUAUCGAAGAACGGCACAUAUGAAUACCACACAUCGACGACGGCAGGCAUUCUAUGCACUCCCAUCAUCUCACUCGCAGAUGCUUGCGGCGGCCCCAUUCUCUCUUUUGGAAAACUUCAAUCAUGUAGAUGAUGCUAUUGACACAAAUGCCGAGAUUGCUGAUGCCAUUCUUGCAACGGCACUCCAGUCCUUCGGCCUGCCUGUGGAACCAAAGGCGGAUGAUUCGCGGCAGAACUGGCAUGGGACUGCAACCCAUUCAGAUGUGAACAAGGCACACUCAACCAUCCGCCAAUUCUAUCGGGACUGGAGCAGUGAGGGGCGACCAGAGAGAGAAGUAUGCUAUGAUCCUGUUCUUCAGGAUCUGAAGCAGGAGUUCACGAACAGGCAUGGCUCUUUAGACCAGGUGAAGGUCCUGGUCCCAGGAGCCGGCCUGGGACGCUUAGUCUUUGAUAUCUGCCGGGAGGGAUUUGCAGCGGAGGGGAAUGAAAUAUCAUAUCACCAGCUGAUAGCUAGCAACUGGGUUCUAAACCACACACUAGGUCCGCAGAAACAUGCGCUUUACCCAUUCGCCUUGCAAUUCUCCAACCUGCGCUCAAGGCAACAGCAGUUGAAGAAGAUCAUGAUACCGGACGUACAUCCCGGGCAGGCAAUGAUGGCUGCACAGGCCACCGAGGAUACUGAACGUCCUCCCUUUGGAACCAUGAGUAUGUCUGCAGCGGACUUCAUGGUCCUGUAUACCAAUGAAUCGAACAAGGAAGCAUUCGACGCAGUGGCAACAGUCUUCUUCAUUGACACUGCUCCAAACAUUAUCCGAUACAUCGAAACAAUCCGCCAUUGCCUCAAGCCCAACGGCAUUUGGAUCAAUGUCGGUCCCUUAUUGUGGCACUUUGGGGAGGGCCACACCGGCCAUAACCAUGAGCAUCAAGGGCUGGGCGAACCAGGAAGCGUGGAGCUGACUCAGGAAGAAGUGUUCCUUCUCGUUGAACGGAUGGGUUUCCGCAUUGAGAAAUGGCCGAACGACGAGCAGGCAAGCUGCGGCUAUAUUCAAGACCCAGAGAGCAUGCUGCAGAACCUCUACAGACCGGCACACUGGGUCGCGCGAAAGAUUAACGACUAAAAAUAAAAUCAUUUGCAUUUAUCUAUAUUAUUAUUGCUAUUUGUAGCAACAAAGCCUCAAUCUCGGUUACCCUCCAACCUGCCUCCCCAUCAGGAACUGAUUCACCAGAUUUCAUCAACCCUUUCCUCGGACAAUUCCCGAAGCAGCCAUUCCCUCUACUUCUAUUGGGGCCCAGCUAUGAAAUUA